AUGACGCUGGAUCAACAAGAUGAACGGGUUAGAGAGGCGGUAAUCAAGUUGAUUGAUGAUGAUGGCUUAUUCAAUUACACCCAAUUCCUCGAUUCUUACAAGGACCAAGACGAUAUUUAUUCAAAUACAUUAAAGCUUUUUGCAUACGGUACUUUCAAAGAUUUCUCUGAUAACAAAUCAAUAUAUCUGGAUUUGUCCGAUAAGCAGCUCUCAAAGCUUAAGCAGCUUUCAAUGACCUCAUAUUCCUCUGAUAGAGUCGUCGAAUAUGCCAGACUAAGACUCGAGCUGGACCUUGAAUCGAACGAAUCAGUCGAGGAACUUUUCAUUAGCGCAGUCAACAACAACCUAAUACAGGGAAAACUCAAUCAGCUCAGCAAUACGCUCACUGUACACUCAAAUAUAAAGAGAGACAUCCACUCUAUCGACAUACACUCUCUGAAAAACUUCCUCGAUCAAUACUCGGCAAAUAUCAAACAGCUUCUCGGCAGCUUCAACGACAUUGAAGUUAGUAAUGCCAACCACAUCAACCACAUCAACCACGUCAACACCCAACACCAACAGCUCUUCUCUAAAGCUAUUCAAUACCACAAAUCGCAUUCCUCCACUAAACCUCAACAGCCUUCAUCACGUAAGAGAAAUAGAGCUCAUCCAUAA